UUGUAUUGUAACGAUUGUGAAUACAAGCACUUGCGUACAUUCAACAAAAUGGUGUCCGAUUUCCGAAAGAAGAAACUCCUGCAUGUAUUCACAGUUUUCUUCGAUACAAAUCGAAGUGGAAACAUUGAUAGUAAAGACUUCGAGUUAGCAAUUGCAAAUAUUACAAAAUCAAGAGGAUGGAACGCUGGAGACGCGCAAUACAAUGAAGUUAGAGACACCUUGCUGAGGGUUUGGGAUGGACUGCAAGGUAGGGCAGAUGCCAAUAAAGAUGGAGAAGUCUCCUUUGAUGAAUGGGUCUCAACCUGGGAGGAGUAUACGAAGAAUCCUUCAGCAGCGCCGCAAUGGCUGACAGAUUAUUCUAAAUUCAUAUUCCAACUAGAAGAUGCUAGUAAUGACGGAUCAAUUGAUAGUGAAGAGUUCUCUUCUGUUUACGCUUCGUUUGGACUCAACAAGGCAGAAGCAGCGACGGCCUUCCAAAAGAUGUCUCAAGGAAAGAGCAGCGUGUCCUGGGCUGAGUUCCAGGAACUUUGGAAGGAGUAUUUCACAUCUGAAGAUGCGAACGCUCCCGGUAAUUUUAUCUUUGGUAAAACAGAUUUUUAAUUAAAAAUUGUUUGUUACAUUCUAACCCCAAAUAAAUGGGAUAAGGAAGAAGCAGAUGAUGAUGAUGUUAGAUUCUGUGAAAGUGAUUCAAAAUUGUGAUAAUUUUAUUUUAGUGAAAUUUUUGAUUGUAUUAUCUUCUUAAAUGAUUAUUGUGUAUUCUUCUUCUUACUUUACUUACUUCUUAAGUGGGUAUUAUGUUAUAAAAAAUAUAGUUAACAAAUUAUAAUAAAUUGAUUUAAAAUAA